AUGCUAAAAGACCUGGGUAAUUUGAGAUAUUUUUUGGGCUUAGAAGUGGCCAGGUCUGAGAAGGGUGUCUUCAUCUCCCAACGCCCAUAUGCACUUCAGCUGCUUGAAAGUUUUGGAUAUCUUGGCUGUAAGCCCUCCAAUACUCCUAUGGAGCCAAAUUUGAAAUUGAGUUCAGAUGAAGGAGAACUGAUUGCUGAUCCUCAAGUAUAUAGACGGAUUGUUGGUAAGUUACAGUACUUAACCAUCACAAGACCUGACUUGUCAUACUCAGUAAACAAGCUUAGUCAAUUUUUAUCUUCUCCAAGAGUUCCUCACAUGAAGGCUGUCCAAAAGGUGCUGCAAUAUAUUAAGAGCAGUCCUGGUCUAGGAUAA